AUGGAAGCUGAUAAGUGGGCUAGUUUUUCAACUAGUGAUUCUGAAGGCUAUGGGGAAGAUCCUGAUGAUGAUACACCCCUUUCUCUGGAAAAUGUAUACAACUUGAAAUCCCUUGGUUAUAAAGUCGGGCGUCCUGGUAUUCCUUGGUCGGUCAGAAGGUCAAAAAAUUUGAGAUUGGGCUUCGACGUUUACCCUCCUAAUAGCAGAUUCAGAAAGUCUGCUCCUGGUGAUCCCUGUUUUGUACUUUGUCUUGCUAGUGAGUAUCCACCUUCCAAAGAAGAGAUUGAAGAUCUUGUUGAGAAUGAGCGUGUGAGUGAGUUUUUUCUCAUUCAACAAAGUUGA